CUGAAAGCGCCCAUCCGAACGGGCUCUAGUAUAUCUUUUAAUAUGAAUCCACACGGUAACUAAUUUUCUAUAUGUUCUUUCUUCUUUUCUCUUUUUCUUCAACAAAAACACUACUUCUUCUUCUUCAAAAUGUCUUCAAAAAACAAGAACAAAUGGAACUACAUAACUUCAAAUGUAACAGGUUGUGGUUGUGGCAAACCCAAAUUAUCAGACAUAAUCCAACCCGAUUCAAAGCCCAAACCCAAGCCCAUUUCAAGCUCUAAUUCUGAUCACACUUCCACCUCAUUGGAUUCACCAUCUCCACCACUUGAUUUUGAUCAAACGGUUGAUAUUAAAAGUAGCAAUAAUUUGCCUUCCAAGAUUGUUGGAAGUGUUGCUGUCGUUAAGGAUUCUGAUGAUCCGUUUAAGGAUUUCAGGCAAUCCAUGUUGCAGAUGAUAAUGGAAAAAGAGAUUUAUUCAUGUGAUGAUUUGAAUGAGCUUUUGAAUUGUUUUUUAAAGCUCAAUUCAAGUUCUCAUCAUGAUGUUAUUGUUCAAGCUUUCAUGGAGAUCUGGAAUAAUGGCAAAAUUGAAUAAUGAGGAGCCUAGCUAGGUUUUUUUUUUUUUUUU